GUUUGUGUGGCUGGAGGACUGUGGUCACACCAUAGAGGCCGAAGGGCUGCUGGGGUGGCUCUCGCAGGAAGGAGGCGAGGUUGGCAUGAAAAUGUGUCCCCGUUACAAAGAACCUAUAUAUAAUAACCGUCGUUAUUAUGAAUACUUACUGAAGGCAUACAAAGAUGUAGAAGCUGUCAAACGCCUCUACUACAAAAAGAAGAAUCAAGUUCAAAAGGAGGAAAUUUUGAAAGAGAUUCAAGAUAUUGAAAUGGAUUCAGAGAUUACCAUGGAAUUGAAGAUGUUAGAAACAUCUGUUAUUCAAAACUUUAGGCACCUUUGUGAUUCUGAACUAAAUCUUCUUCAAUUCCAAGUUCAGGUCCUAAAAAAAGCAAACUCAGUGCUUAAACAAGAUAAUGAAUAUUCAAGAUAUAUACUGGAAAAAGUCAAAUUUGUUGUGCAUCAAGUCUUCAGGCAGCAAUUCCGCAUUUCAUCACAAAGAGUGGAAGAAGUUACUUGUGAACUUCAGCGCCUCUCAGUUUUGCCCGCCUUCUGGAAGCUGACUGAGAAAUAUGCUGGGUGUCGAAAUGUGGCCUUAAUGAAUAUAUACAGAGAAUUAUCAGGGCUGCUGAGUACGACAGUUAAGUUUGACAAAAAAAGAGAAAGUGCAGCAAGAAACCUCUUGAAAGAGAGUCAAAAAUUCGUUGGUGGACUUGGAAUCAGCAAUGAAGAGAGAUUGGAGAUACUCAGUGCUAUGGGGUUCAAGCAAGGCCAUUGGUACAAGUGUCCGAAUGGUCACAUAUAUUGCAUAUCUGAAUGUGGAGGAGCUAUGGUAGAGAGUAAAUGUCCUGAAUGUGAUGCAACCAUUGGCGGUGAAAGGCAUCACCUUAGAGGUGACAAUGCCGUUGCUUCAGAAAUGGAUGGUGCCCUUUACAGUGCAUGGUCAGAACAAAAUAACAUGGCAAAUUAUGACGUUGCUGACUUUGUCUAAUUUCUAGGAUGAGUUAUAUAAAUUUGUACUUUUAAUAUAAAUGAUUUGCUCUGAGGUAUAUUAUAUUUUAUGAUUUGGUGUUGUUUUCAGAUAAUGUAGCUAAACAGUUGUGAAUGUUCUGUGUGGUAAUGAGACGUGAUAAUGGCUAUGGUAGAUUUAUAAUACAAUACCUGCGAUGUUACUAUGUGUCGGUCUCUCUGUUGUAAUCUUUUCUAAGUGUAUAACAAAUGAAUAGUAUGAAACCUG